UCUCACCGAGUGAGUCACUGCUGCUAAACCAGUGCUCUCCUCACUGAAUUGUCCCACACCGCUAGCGAUCACAGAUCGGCCCGGCUCUAUAUAUGAGUGCGCACGGAAACAAGAGACAGUAGUACGAGCUGCAGCGCUGUAUGCUCGGUACCAGCCAAACCACCGACGCUUCCAUGGCUUCCUCCUCCUCCCCUGCUCGCCACAUCUUCCUUUUCGCCCUCGCGUUCCUCGCCGCCGCUGGCGCCGCCGACGCGUGGCCGUCGUGGGGUGGUGGUGGCCGCGUGUUCUUCAGCAAGACCACGCGCCCCGAAGCUGUUGAGCUUGACAAGGUGGCAGUAGCGACGACGGCGGCGGCGGCAGCGGACUCUACCAAUUCUAACAGCGCGUCGGAUGAAUUUUCUCGGCCGUCCAGUGGGGGCGACAGCAGCCGCGGGUACGGCCUCUACGGCCGGCCGGAGGAGAGCUACCCGGAGGCCUACUUCCGCCGCGGCGUGCACCACGACGCCGAGAAGCUGACGACCACCGACGCGGCGGCGGCCACGGCCGAGCAGGAGAAAGAGAAGGAAGAGGCGCCAGCAGGCGUGGCCGGCGACGGCGCCUGGGCCGGGUACCCCGAGGACGGCAGCGGCAGGGGGCGGCCGCUGUCGUACUCGUACGCGCGCAUGCAUGGGCAGCAGACGACCACCAGUGCAGCGACGGCCGCGGCCGAGCAAGAGAAAGAGGAGGAAGCGGCGCCGGCAGGAGUGUCCGGCUACGGUGCCGGGCGUGAGUACACCGAAGACGGCAGCGGCAGGGGGCGGCCGAUGUCGUACGCGGGCAUGCGCGGCGGACAGCAGCAGCAACCAUACGACUACGGGAUGAGCGACACGAGGCUGUACCAGAACGGCCGGUACUACUACGACGUGAACAGCGACAAGUACGGCUACGGCCGCGAGUCCAACCCGGUGCGGGGGCGCCCCGAGGAGUUCAACGGCGGGAGGAGGUACGGCGGCGGCGAUGCGGCCGCGCAAGAAUACCCAAACGGCAAUGACCAUCAGGAGGAGUUCGGCGUCGGGUACCGCGCCGGAGUGCAGGUGGGGGGGAGGAGGUACGGCGGUGGCAACGCGGCCGGGCACGAGUACGCAGGCGGCAAUGAUCAGGAGGAGUUCGGCACCGGGUACCGCGCCGGAGUUCAGGCGGGGAAGAGGCAUGACAAUGCGGCGGCAGGGUACGACGCGAAUGGGCUAGAGAACCCGAAGGAGCGGUACAUUCCAUGAAGACAAGAUUUUUCACCCAGGCACACGUUGCGGCGAAGAGUUGUAGUAGACUGCUAGUAUUUGCGUGUGCUGUAAGCCUGUAAGUACGUACUACUCCGAAAGUUACUGUUUUGGUAAAUCGAGCUGGCAUGGCUGCCGAUCUGCGCGCGCGCUCGCUCGUACGUGCGCUUGUUUGGUGAUUGAAGGAUGGAUCAGUUUGUCGGAUAACUAAUGGUGUACUGUACUCGUCUCACUGUACAACAAAAUAAUGCAUGCUAUAUGGCACUGCAACUUUUCUUCAUUGCUGUUCAUGUUUGUUGGUUGCAAGCUCUUCUGUUCAUUUUGUUGGUUGCAAGAGAC